AUGGUCGCGUUCCGCCUGGCAUACCUCCUCACCUUGAAUCGCAUCCUCACCACCACUUCCACAUUCUCUUCAGCCACGACACUUCCCCCCUCGAGUUCAUUUAUCGCUAUUCCACUCAUAAAGCUACCUGGGAGCAUACCUUUAGAUGCUGACGGCUUACCGCUUAGUACCAUGGCGACGCAUCGACGACACGUCGAGUAUGCCACUCGUCGCCUUGCUAUGAUGUCUGAAUCGUCUCGCUCCGAAUCACCUCGCAAUAGAAAAUACUUUCGCGGCCGUCAUCGACGUACUCUACUCGCUGAUGAAGAUUCAGGGCCGGAAAUGGCUUCUGACGGUCUCAAUAGUAGCACUACGACCAGCGCUACAGAUAAUAAUGCCGAUACCACCUUCUCGUCAUAUCACGGAAAGUCGGUAGAAAGUCAUUCUCGUGUCUCAGAUUUGGAAGUGACCAAAUCACACCCCGCAAAACAUGCACACUCUGCUGGAUUGGACAUUGAAGGGCAGGAUAUUGGUUAUAUGGCUGUCAUAUCCAUUGGGACUCCUCCUCGUCCAUUCAAUCUCCUCGUUGAUUCGGGCUCUGGUGAUUUUUGGGUUGGUGGUGAAGGUUGUCGGUCGGAUGUGGGGGGUGGAUGCGGUGACCAUCAAUUCUUAGGGAGCCAGAGUAGCUCGACCUUUCGGCCAACCAACACGACAUGGAGCAUCACAUAUGGGAGUGGCGCUGUAAGCGGCCUUCUCGUUCAAGACCAUGUUGUGUUCGCUGGCAAGAUGAGGUUGGCAAACCAUACUUUCGGCGUGGCCUAUAAUGAGAGUUCCGAGUUCACAGCGGACAACAUUCCGUUGGAUGGCGUGUUGGGAUGCGGGAAACAGGUAAGAACCUCUCGAUGCAACCUGCUUCCACCUUCCUCAACGCACUGCGGGCUGCUCGUUUCAUCACCAAAAGAAUUGUUUCGUACAAGAUUUCGCGCCUUUUAGACGGCGUCAAUGACGGUGAAAUGACUGUUGGCGGUCUUGACCCAUCCAAAUACAAUUCGCGGACAUUGGUCAACGUUAAGAACGUGAACAAAGGUGGCUUCUGGGAAGCUGACUUGGAUGGAAUCCAGGCAAGUAUUUUUGGCCCGUGACGAAAGACGAUAACAUGCGGGCAAGGUUAAUCGAAAACACCUUGCGAUUCGUCGGCGCAGUUGCAUAUUCGACACUGGAACCGUAUGUGGUUCCAUCAAGCAGCGUUGACACCAAGCUAAUCUUUUGGUGUUGAUAGACUCUCUUCAUCGCACCCAAACCAGUGUGUCAGCACAUUUUACGUGUCCACUAAGAUGAUAGUGUUUGCAGGAUGUUGAGGCAAUCCAUGCGGCGAUUCCAGGGGCUUCGUUUGAUAAUACGACAUCGGCUUGGAGGAUUCCGUGCAAUAAUACGGCCACGGUCUCCCUCGGGUUUGGUGGGAAACAGUUCAAGAUUGACCCCAGAGAUUUGGUGGUGAAAACGGACGAGCCAACUAUAUCAGAGACGCAGAUGCCGCUAUGCAUAUCUUCGAUUGUGCAGGGAGGGGUGAGCGCUGGGCCGAUGCAUUGGUUGGCAAGUCUAUCGGUAUUUCUUUUUGCUUUCAAUUGACACCGAGCAAGGUGGGAGACGUUUUCCUAAAAAACGUAUAUUUCAGCACCAACGAAGAUGACGAUAUGAUUUCUAUUGCGAGACUUGCGAGGUGA